AUGGAUUUCGUCCCGGUGCCCAUCGGCGAAGAGGAGAUGGUGGUGGUGCCCAAGGUGGUGCAGCAGAAGCGGCGGAGGGAAGUCCCGGUGGAGCAGGUGGUGGACGUGCCGGUGCCGCAGCUCCACGAGGAUCUGGUGGUGACCCCCGUCAUCGUGCAGAAGGCCGCGGGUGGGGAUUGA